AUGGGUGUCCUCAGCCUGACGGUCUCCUGUUCGGAGAAGGGGAUCAAGAAAACGAUGCAAUUCGAUCCAUCGACACUUAUAUAUGAUGCUAUCAAAUUGAUUAGGGAAAAAUUUGGAAUGACUGAUGUUAAUGCAGCAGAAUACGGUCUGAUUCGUAUCGAUGAAAAUCCAGCAAAAUCAUUUUGGAUGGAUAAUGGCAGAAGUUUUGAAUAUUAUAUGGUUCGAAACAAAGAUGAAAUUGAUUACAAGAAGAAGAUUCGAUAUCUGAAAGUACGAAUGUUGGAUGGAGCAGUUAAGACAAUUAGUGUCGAUGAAUCACAACAAGUCAGUCAAUUGAUGCUCACUGUAUGUGAUAAGAUUGGAAUUUCGAAUUAUGAAGAAUACAGUCUUGUUCGUGAUGAUCUACUCCGUCAGCAGGGAUCAAUUGCCAAUGGAUCAGGUGGUUCCGCAUGGAAUCUGAAGGACAAAGAUAACCGAUCGAAGAGUAGUGAUAGAGGGGGCGGAGUCUAUGGAACAAUGAGAAGAAAAGAUGAAGCUAAAAUGGAAGAACUCAGAAAGAAACUUCAUACUGAUGAGGAACUUCCAUGGCUCGACCAUCAGAAGACACUCCGUGAACAAGCAAUUUCAGAGGAAGAGACGCUGGUUCUCAGGAGAAAAUACUUCUUCUCUGAUUCAAAUGUUGAUAGCAGAGAUCCAGUUCAGUUGAAUCUUCUGUAUGUCCAGUGCCGUGAUGGAAUCCUUCGAGGGCUUCAUCCAGUUGAAAAGGAGACUGCACUCGAGUUGGCUGCUCUUCAAUCUCAUAUUCAAUACGGAGACUUUCCACAUGACAAACCGAAAUUCCAUUUGGAUGGACGAGAUGUUCUCCCGAAAGAAUACGCAAAGAACAAAGAUAAUGAGAAGAAGGUUGUAGCUAUGUAUAAGGAAUUGAGUGGAACUUCUGAGUUGGAUGCGAAGAGUAAAUAUGUUCAUUUGUGUCGUGGAUUGAAGACUUACGGAGUCACUUUCUUCGUUGUCAAGGAGAAACUUCCAGGAAAGAACAAGUUGGUGCCGAGACUUCUUGGAGUAAACAAAGAAAGUGUGAUGAGAGUUGAUGAGAAGACCAAAGAAAUUCUGAAGGAAUGGCCACUUGAACAAGUUCGUCGAUGGGUUCCAUCUGCCAAGACAUUCUCUUUGGAUUUCGGAGAUUACCAAGAUGGAUACUAUUCUGUGCAGACAACGGAUGGAGAGAAAAUUGCUCAGCUCAUUCAAGGAUACGUGGAUAUCAUUCUGAAAAAGAAGCGUACUCAAGAUCAUCAAGGAAUUGAAGGAGAUGAGGGAUCAACGAUGUUGGAAGAUAUGGUUGCACCGGCAAAAGCCACUUUGGUUGCACACGGACAAAUUGGAAAUGGACAACAUGCUCAAGAUGGAUUGGUUGCUGUUCGAGGAGUACUCAGAACACCACAAGGAGGACAGGGUUACGGUAUUAAUGGAGCACAAUAUGGAGCUGUUAGCGGAGAAAUCACUUCACAAGAGUUGGCUAGGGCCCAACGUCUCCGCUAUCAGGAUAUGUAUCAACAUCCACAACGUGCUCUCAUCGGAACCAUCGAGGCAACCAUCCGCGCCGUCGAUGAAGCUGAAGUAGAACUUGAGGCUGAACCACAAAUCGACAUUCCACGUUUCAACGAUGACUUCUCACAAAAUAGAUGGAUGGAAGAGCAAAAGGCGGUGAAUAAGGAGAAUGUGAACGAAAGAUUAGCCGCUAUGGGAGCAGCCACCGCUCAAGUUGUCCAAUGGACAGCUGUCGAGGAAUACGAUGAUCGUGUUGGAUCAGCAAUCGCCACAAUUGGAUCGAAUCUUCCAGAUGUUUCCAGAAAUGUUCGUGAUCUUGGAGCAUUUAUGGAGACAGAAGAACGCGGAGAUCUUGUACACGCAACACGCCUUCUUUGUGGAGCAUUCGGAGAUUUCUUGACUGCAGUCAAUCCAGAACAGAAUGAGAGAAGAAACAAGGUGUUCACAGCAGCUGGAAGGGUUGGAGAAUUCUCUCAACAAGUGAUCAAUAAAAUGGAUCCUCCAUCUGACACACAACGACAGUACGAUGAUUAUUUGGUGCAGAGGGCAAAGAAUGUUGCCACGUCGACGGCUCAGUUGGUUUUGUGCGCCAAGACUAUCUCAGCUGACUGCGAAGAGCCACAUGUCCAAGAGCGUGUCAUCCAAUCAGCCACAAAAUGUGCAUUUGCCACGUCACAACUUGUCGCCUGUGCUCGUGUCGUUGCUCCAACCAUCGAUAACAAUGCUUGUCAACAACAAUUGACAACUGCAGCCACAGAAGUAUCUCAAUCCGUGAAUAACCUCCUUCAUGAUGCAGAACACGCAGUCUAUCAACAAUCCAGUCUGACAGAUAUUCAUGAGGCCGCCCGUCAAGUGACAAGUGCUCUCGAUAGCCUUCUGGAGCAUGCUAAAUGCAGUCCAAAGACAAUGACAACUCGUCGUGAAGAGGAGGAAAUGUAUAAUGAAGUGUUGAGAAGAACAAACAGAAUGGUUGUUCAUCAGGGACCACCUGAGGAUUUGACAAGAGAAGCCAGAAAAGUCGUUCGUCACAGUCAACUUCUCACAGAGCAAUUCCAACAUGAAGCUCAUCAACGACCAGAACAUCGUGACCGUCUUCUUGAUGCCGCUGCAAAGGUUGCUCAUGCUACAUCUGAAAUGAUUCUCGCAACAGAACAGGCUGAAUCUCAACCAAAACAUGUCGAGACUGAAUAUGCACUCAGAACUGCCGCUGAGAAUUUGGGAAAAGUGACAAAUGAGACGACGAAAGAGCAACAAGAGCAACAUAUUAUGCAGAGAUUGGAGCAGGCAGCGAAGCAAACUGCUUAUGAUGCAACACAGACGAUAUCAGCAUCCAAUUCGACCAAGGAUGUCAUUGAGAAUAGAGUCUACAGCGAGAAUUUGGUUUACGAAUCAACACGGACUGCCGGUCAUUUACCAGGACUCAUCACCUCCAUACGUGAAAGUCAAAACGCGCAGAGUCCAUCUGACAAAUUCCGUGCUCAAUCCCGUUUGAUCCGUGACUCACACAAUGUUCUUGAGACAUCAGUUCGUCUUUUCGAAUCAGCUAGAACAGCUGUUCCAAUGAUUUCUGACACUCAUUUGGCAUCUUCCCUUGAUCAAUCUGCCAACAGACUUGGAACUUCUCUGGCUGAACUUCGCAUUGCUGUGAAUGAUGCUCAACAAUUGAACUUCUCUCAACAACUUCUUCACAGUGAGGAAUUGAUCAAAGAGCUCGAUGAGCAACUAGUUAGAACUCAAAGAAUGGCCGUGGCAAAGCAGCUUCCACCGAUUCAAAAUGCCACGUCGUUCAGCUCUUCAUCGAAAUUGAUGGCCACAACCACCAAUGUUGGAUCAGGAGUUGCUCAACUCAUCACCGCAGCCACCACUUCAAACGAUGAUCGAUACAUUGGAACAUCAGCUGUCGAACUUGCUCAAGGACUCCGUGAAUUUGCUGACGCCAUCACUGAAAUCGUGACAGUCCGUACUGAUAUUCAUCUUGAGAAGUUGUUCGUCAGUGCUCGAUCCGUUGUCCAUGACUCUGGAAGAGUCUUCGACAGAGUUCGUGAAAGAUGUCCUCCAACUCAGCUAACGGAAGCAGCAAUGGAUGUUUCAGUUAACUUGAGACAAGUGAUUGCAUGUCUUCCGGAUACAAAACAUAUCGAAGAAGCCAUCAGAGACAUUCAGACUGCAUCAACAUCUGCUAACAUUAGAGCUAUUGAAGUGAGACAAGCAGCUAAUAAGUUCAUCGAAGCAACUUCUCAUCUUGUUCUAUCAAUUGGAUCUCCUGAAAACAAAGAAGCAAUCAAUGUGUUCGUUAGAGCGUAUUCUGAUCUUCAUGGAUCAGUUAUUGCUCAAUUGUCCCGUCAGGCAAAUAUCAACGUGAAAACCGCAAUAGUCGACCUUCUAGAAGAAGCUCAACGGGGGUCAAUUGGUGUUCUCGAGACCCUCAGACAAACUGGAAAUCCAUCGGAUCACACAUUGUCUCAACAGUUUACAUCGAAUGCCCGUGAACUUGCAACCACUGUCAACAAACUUGUUGAACUAUCAGAAACCGAAGGUGAUUCCAGAUGGCAGAUGGAAUGCGAUGCAGCCCUCAGACGUAUCCAAGCAGUCCGACACGUCACUCAACAUGCCGACGUUCCACUCAGUGAUAAUGGAUACUUUGCAUCUCUCCAAUCAGUUUCCGAUGGAUCUAGAAGACUCGGGGAGGCUAUGACUGGAAUGGCCAGACAUGCAAAGGCAAAUGAUACUGAAGGAUUCUGCACGAGUGUCCGUAACUCUGCAGAUGCUCUCUGUUCACUCGCUGAGUCGGCUUCUCAUUCCGCAUAUCUCGUUGGAAUUUCUCAUCCAGCUUCUUCUCCAGGACGUUCGGCUUUGAUUGAUGCAUCUGAAGUUGCAAGAAGUGUUGAAUCCAUUUCUUCAUCUUGUCAACGAGUUGAAUCAAGAAAUAUCAGUCGUCAAGAUCUCAUGGAAGAUAUCACUUCUAUCACCAGACACUCCAGUCAUUUGGCUCAACUCUGCAGAUUGUCAUCUGAAAAGACCCAGAAUCCGAAUGUCAAGAAACAUUUGGUAACAUCUGCAAUGAGUAUUGCUCAUAAGACAUCUAGUCUUGUUGGUUCAUACAAGGAAAUGGAUAGAGCUCCGGACGCAGUAGAUCGUUGUGCUUCAAGUGCAUCAGAACUCCGUCAAGCCGCUCAACAACUUCUUCAUUUUGCUGGCAAACCAGAUUUUGCUGCUGUCCAAGGAACUAUCUCAAAUGAAGGACAUUCUGCACAACACCCAAUUCUUCAGGCAAGCCGUGAAAUGCUAGAUUCCAGUGCUCAAAUGAUUCACACUGCCAAGUCAUGGGCAUCCGCCCCACAAGAUGAAGCCACGUGGCAGCGAAUGGCUGUUAACAGCAAAGAAGUAUCCGAUUCAAUUAUGAAACUCGUCAGUGCCAUUCACGAAGCUGCACCAGGACAAAUGGAGCUUGAAGCAGCAAUUGAACGUCUCUCUGUUCUAUCUGGACAAGUUGAGAAAAGUGCAAUGGAUGCAUAUGCAAGUGGAAAUGUUCAACAACACGGUGCAAAUGCAGAACGUCAACUUCUUCAACAAGUCCAACAUAUUGCCAGUCAACUCGAAGAUAAGGUCGAUGAUCUUCACAGUGCCGCCGUUGAACAUGGAGAACGACUACCUAAAGUUGUCCAACUUCACCGUCAAAUGGUUGAAGAUCUCGCAGAAGCUGCUUGUUGUGCUGCGGGAAUGACAGUUGACAGUAACCAACAAACAGAACUUUUUGACAAAUGCAAGACUGUUGUGGAGGCUGAGUUGGCAAUGAUGGUGGCAAGUCGUGAAUCUGGAGGAAAUCCGAAUGCAGUUCAUGCUCAUGCCAAUGUCCAAGAAGCUGCUGGAAACUUGAAACAUGCUAUUGGAGAUAUGAGACAGACUAUUGCUAAGGUGUCUAGUGAACAGGGAGCAGUUCAAGGAAUGGUUGACACGAUUUCUUCAUCAAUUGCUAAUACAGAUCUUGCUAUGAGCUCUCAACAUGGAUCGUCGUUUGCUGAAGCUCAAACUAGAAUGACAGCUUGUUUAGAGGAUAUCAGAAGAACUGCUAUUAAAGUUCCAACAUUGAAUACCCAGGAUCUCGGAGCUGCAUCUCUGAACCUCAGUGAGAAAUACCGUUUGGUUGCUGCAGAUGUCCGACAAGCUGCUGCAAUGCUUCCGGAUGCUGACAUUGGACAACGUCUCAAACUGGCUGUUCAGAAACUUGGAACAAGUUGUAUUGAGACUGUGAAGGUUGCCGGGAAGAAGAGAGCUCACCCAGAAGAUGAAAGAAUUCAAAGAGAAUUGAACGGUCAAGCUGAAAAUGUUGUUGAAAGAGUCGAACAAGUUCUUGCGGCUCUUCAUGCAGCAUCUCGUGGAACACAGGCGUGUAUCAAUGCAGCCAACACUGUCAGUGGAAUCAUUGGAGAUCUUGAUACCACUAUCAUGUUUGCCACUUCUGGAUCAUUGAACUCUUCGGAUGAUAGAAAGUUCCCAGCCCACAAAGAUGCUAUUGUGAAGACUGCCAAAGCAUUGGUUGAAGAUACGAAGGCUCUUGUAGCUGGAGCUGCUUCUAAUCAGGAACAACUUGCUGUUGCUGCUCAGAAUGCAGUUAGAACUAUUGUAAAUCUGUCUGAUGCCGUCAAAACUGGAGCUGUUAGUUUAUCAUCUGAGAACUCUGAGACCCAAGUUCUUGUCAUUCACGCAGUGAGAGAUGUUGCCGCCGCAUUGACUUCUUUGAUUCAAGCGACCAAGAAUGCAUCCGGACUGUCUCUUCAACAUCCAGCAAUGGGACAUCUCAAGGAGGCGGCUAAGGUCAUGGUUGGAAAUGUAGCACGUCUUCUGAAGACAGUGGCUACUGUAGAAGAGAAAAAUCAACAAGGAACGAGAGCAGUCGAAGCAGCAGUUGAGGCUAUCGGCUUUGAGAUGAGACAGUUCGAGCAUGACCUGAACGAAGGUGUUGCUGCUCCAACUGAGGCUCGCGUCGAACAUCUUCAACAGACCGCUGAUCAUGUAUCGGAGAUUACGAAGAGAGUGAUGGCUGGUGCUGAUGGACAUGCUCCACAAACCGAAGAAGAGAUCAUCGGUGUUGCUAACCUCUCCAGAAGUGCAGUUCGCUCACUUCUCGCUGUUGUCAGAACCAUCAGUAACGACGCAGAUAACGUACAACAGAGGUACGCAGUUUUGGAUUCUGGAAGAGAUGUUGCCAACAAUGUGAAGAGUCUUCUCGUGUCACUUCACACUCAAAUGACUCGGAAUCCAGGACAAGAAGAAUCAAGACGUCUUCUGUAUGAGGCCUCUCGAGGAGUCUCUAAUGCUUUGAACAAUCUUGUUGGAUUAUGCACAGAGAUGUCUGGACUGCCACAUGGACACAUGGAAAUGGAUUCAGCAGCAGCACAGGCUGAAAAUGAGUUGUUGGGAGCUGCUAGCUCUAUCGAAGCGGCUUCAUUGAAACUGGCAGAGUUGAGACCAAGACAAACGGUUCAGGAGAAUACGCACGAAAUCGUGGAAGCUGAAUUCGAUGAGAACAUUCUGACAUCAGCUAAAGGUAUCAUCAGUGCAGUCCACAUUCUUGUGAGAGCUGCCACAAGUGCUCAAAGAGAACUGGCAAUGCAAGGAAGAACGGAAUCACGACCAAGUGGAUCAGGAACAUAUCAAUGGUCAGAAGGACUCACAAGUGCCUCCCGUGUCGUCGUGGCAUCUGUUCAUAAGUUAUGUGAUGCUGCGAAUACAUUGAUGAAGGGACAGACAACUGAGGAAAGACUUAUCUCUGCUGCCAAGCAGGUGUCGAGUUCAACAGCUCAGUUAUUGGUUGCGUGUAAUGUGAAAGCUGACCCUGAUAGUCAGGCGAACAGAAGGUUGCAAGCUGCAGGACAGGCUGUUAGAAAUGCCGCUGAACGUCUCGUCCAGUCGGCUCAACAAGUGAUUGCUCGUGACGAUCGAAACAUCGCUAUCUCUGAUCGACUCGUCAGUGGAAUUGCUCAAGUAAUGGAUGCUCAAGAAGAAGUUCUCCGAAAAGAAAGAGAACUUGGAGAGGCUCGUCAUAAGCUGGCUCAUUUGAACAAGGCAAGAUAUGAAAGAGACGGUGAAGGAAGUCCUGAAGCAUAA